CACCAUUCUCUCCAAUCGAUUUACUUACCAAAUCUACAUUUCUAUUCAUUGCGAAUAUGGAUGCCUUCCCUUCGGUUGACGCUCUCAUUGACGGUUGCAAAAGCGCCGUCGGGAUUACUGCCAGGUGGGACGUCGUUGUCAGCUACUCUCUGGAAUCCCUAAACAGUGUAUUACAAAGAAUCUGGACCAACUCAGUCACUUCAACCACAGUGGAGCUUAUAACUACAAGCCAUAACGAAGACGAUGAAGAAUACAAUACGAAAUGGUGGCUUCGUCUGGGAGCACCAACUUUACAAUUCACAAGAGAUGGAAAAGCUUCCUUGUGUAUACCACUCAACGGAAAGCGCCAGGUUAUGAAAAAGACGGCUGCGGGUAAUGAAAGACCUGUCCGUGAGAUCCCGCUAAACACCUACGUCCUGUACGCAGUCAUUCCGCUCGGCGUGGUGAGCGCGAAAUCUGGCUCGGGUCCAGGUGCUUACGAGUUCAAGGGCUCCGGUAGCAAUGUUAUCCGGUUUGACGAGCAUCCCGAUGCCGAGUUGCACAUAGUGAUCAAUUUCGAGACCACUACGGCAGAGGGGGCAACUUACGAUAUUGAUCUCGCCCCAGAGGUCAAGGCCCAGCAAGGGCCAAACGCGCCGAUCAUUACAGAUGACUUCUCAGUUGGUCUUCGUGGCAAGCUGGCCGCGUGGUUCAAAGAUCCCUCCAAUAUCAGCGCUAUCCAAUACGCACUCGCAGUCGUUAACAAGACGCCAGUUCCACAAGCUACAUUUCUCACACCCAGCAGUCUUUCAUUCAGUGUAUAUUCAAGCGACAAAGACCCGGCUGUUGCGUGCUUGAGCAUCUACAUGCAAACACAGGGAUCUGGCUUCGAACCGGGCAAUGUGAAACGCACUUUCAACCUUCCAAACUCAGGUGACAUCAACAGUUUCCCCAUUCCGACUGGCUACACUGCUAGCAUCAUCAUUCGCCACGAUGUCUUUGCUGAGAAGUUUCUUCGUGACUCCAUCUUGGCCCUGCAGGUGCCCGGGGGGGAUAAAAAGAUCUUUAAGUCUGUUGCUCUUAUGACACCCACUGAAGGCUUUCACUUGACUGCCAAACUCAACUCUGGAGCUGUCGCGGACCUCGGCAAUGGCACUUGGUUUGGUGGGUUUGGUGGCGGCUUUCGCGUCACUGAUGUCAACUGGGACUUUGGGGCUAAUGACCUCACUUUCAAGAUCAAAGCUGCCAAGGCCAGUUGGAAUUACUACUUCAAGCCAGAGUUGAAGUGGAGUGAGACUCCGAUGUCAGGCGGCCCUGGCCCGAAAAGCAAGCCCAUGUACGGUCGAACAAACUACGAAAUGAAGCUCGACAAGUCAGGGCUGUCAGUAUUCGAGAAUGUUUCGGACGAGGGUCUAGUGGCACGGAUUCAGGUGAACAGCAACGAUUGGCAAGCAUCCAUUCAAGCCUGGUCCCCUGGGUUCGGGGAAAUCGCCAACGGGGCCUCUGCCCUGGUUCCAGAUUCAGUUGAAAAAGGUUUGCAGAGAAUUAACCUGCCAGCCUUUUCUCAUACCCUAGCCCUGCAUUACUUUGCAACGACCAAUGUCUUUGCGCCUGGCAAGCACAUGCUGAGCAUUAGCGGUGCUUCUGCUGUCCACACACCCUACGAUGUUAUCAUUCUAGGCAAUGUGUUAGAGACAGUGGCCAUGAGUCCUCCGAAAUUGAAUGUUCACGGUCAAGGUCUUCUUGGAGCCACGUCAGGCAACAAGAACAUCACAGACUUGAUCGAUGACCUAGCACAUGGCAGACCAAUCAUGCGCCAGCUUACAGCAUGUGUAUUAUCAAACUCAUCUACGCAACAAGUAUUAGAGAAAUCUGGGUAUAACGUCAGUGAUAACGAUAUAACAACCGCUCUCCAGGCAGCAGAUGCAGGGCCUCAGUUUGACCCCCGUUUCGUAGCAGGGCUGUACUCUUUCAAAAGCCCUGCAGACCUUGCCAGUACCAAAAUGACAGUAGAUGGUGCCACUGGAAGAAUCUAUCUUGACGCGACGAAAAUGAACUCCAGUGUUGAUAGUGAAGGCUUCUUGAAAUGGACCUGGGGCGCCUACUCUUAUGCCAUUACAUUCGCUACACCGUACAACUCCAAGGGCACCGCAGAUCCAAAGACUUUCCAAGGCACCAGGACGAGUCUGAAUUCGGGGAACAUCGAGUCAGUAUCAGGUGCUGAAGUUAUCCCUGAUCCAUCAGACGACUGGUUCACAAACACACCAGGUGGGUUAACCAGCGGGUGGGUAGCAACAAUAUUUAGCGCAGGACUUGCUGUCUAUCUUUGGAUAAUGCAAAUGCGCGCUGACCGUCGGAAUGCUGGUCGCGAUAGAAUGGUACAGGCAGCUGCCCUUACGAUACAGCUAGCCGAAAUGCAAGCCACGCGCCAUCCACUCCCGGCUGAGACGUUGGAUAAUGUCUUGAACGAAUUUCAAGACGGUAUCGAACAAGCGGCUCGAGAAAAGGGACUCGUUCCGAGUAUCAUUGACGACGAGCCGGCCCACUACGACCCUGCGGCAGCAUCUGAGGCAGCCAAGGAGAAACUCCGAAGUCUUCUCAAAGAAGCCAUAACGCCAUAUCUAAUGCACAGACUUGCUCCCAUGGCGACUUUCAUGGGUCCUGAAGCUGUCAAGGCGGCUAUCAAUCAUCGAGCUAGUAUUGUAUUGGACCAGAGUCGAGUCCUCGACCGUUUUAACGAAAAUUCACCAUACAUUGUCGAUAUCAUAGACAGUGUCAAGAAGCGAGAGGAAGCCAGUGAGGCACGCGUAAGGGAGGAACAUGCGGUGGCUGCAGAGAAUAUCGCAAACGCAGAGGUGAAGACUAAUAGAGACAGAGCAGACGUGGCAAGGAAACUCCUCGCCGAACAAGCGGAGAAGUUACGCGAAAUGAACAAGAAUAUUACUGAGGCUGAAAUGAUGGAGAAAAGGGAGUAUAAGGAGAUAGCGGAUAGAAUCGAAGAUCUGAAAAAGGGUGAAGUUGAGGCACAGAAGAAGUAUCAGGAGGCGUUGGAGAGACACAAGGAAGCGAAAGGGGACAGGGAGAGGAGGCACGCGGAGCAGGAGGUAGCAGAUAAUAAGGUGAAGGAAUCUGCUAGAGAUGCUUUCAGGAGGACAAGAUAAGAGACAGUGACCUAGGGUAUGAAGGAGAAUACUGAUUUAUAUUAGUUCCUUCAGUUUUUGAUUAUAAUUCCUUUCAGCCUGAUUAAUGCAACUUGUCUA